CUGGGUGGGAACACACACUGAAUGGUUUGUUUUAUUUGUUAUUUUCGGCUGGACGCUCGUCUCCCUCAGCCGGGAAAACUAAGCGCGCGGUGGAAGUGAGUCCACGCGCUGCGGACGCGUCACCCCCAGCGGAGCAGAAAGUACCGCGCAGUCCCGCCGCUCAAAACUUUUUUUUUCACUGCCUGGCAGCAGCGUCCGCUUCUCGCUGGAAUGUACCACUGCAGCCAGAUAACCGUCCACACGCCAGCGGCCACUGAAAGGCGGAUUCCUGCUGAAAAGCGCCGGACUGUCAGCGUUUCCCUCGCGGCGGGACGCCGGCCGCGGAAGCCGCACUGUGUGUGACACCUCGGCGAGCGCGCGCAGCUCAGUUCGCACCCAGCGCGGCCCCGCGAGCGCGCAGCACCCGGGCUCCGAAUGGACGAGUCCCGUUUUUUUUUUUUUUUCUCCCCCCUCCUCUCUCUCUCUCUCUUGCGCUCUACUCUUGUCCUUAUUCUAAGUGCUCUUACACAUUUCACAACACCAAAGCAAAGCCAGCAGCAGUCCUUUUUCAGUGCUCUUCCGGGUCUCUUUCACUUCUAACGUAAACGAGUCAUCAUCAUCUUCAUCUUCAUCAUGAUGGCCACGCUGAGCAAGGACCUUCCGGACAUCGAGAAUAUCCUGGCUUUGAAUCCCAGAGUAAAGAACCAUGCCUUGAUGUCCUCCACGGCCAGUAAAAAACUGGAGAAGAAGCACUGGAAGCGAAAUCCCGAGAAAAACUGCGAGAGCUGCAUGAAACUGGAGAACAAUUUUGACGACAUCAAACACACGACUUUGAGCGAACGUGGAGCACUUCGAGAAGCAAUGAGGUGCCUAAAAUGUGCAGAUGCCCCAUGCCAGAAAAGUUGCCCAACCAAUUUGGAUGUUAAAUCCUUCAUCACCAGCAUUGCAAACAAGAAUUACUAUGGAGCGGCGAAGGCCAUCCUGUCGGACAACCCGCUGGGACUCACGUGCGGUAUGGUGUGUCCCACGUCUGACCUCUGCGUGGGAGGCUGCAAUCUCUACGCCUCGGAGGAAGGACCCAUUAACAUCGGGGGACUGCAGCACUUUGCUACCGAGGUUUUCAGCAAAAUGGGGAUUCCUCAGGUUCGAAACCCUGACCUGCCACCUCCGGAUCAGAUGCCUGAAAGCUUCCACUCUAAGAUCGCCCUGAUUGGCUGCGGCCCCGCCAGCAUCAGCUGUGCCUCGUUUUUGGCUCGCCUGGGUUACGACAACAUCGCAAUUUUCGAGAAAGAGAAGUACAUUGGAGGACUGAGCUCUUCAGAGAUCCCCCAGUUCCGGCUGCCCUAUGAGGUGGUGCAGUGGGAGAUAGACCUGAUGAGGGACCUGGGUGUGCAGAUCGUAUGUGAGAAAGCACUCGGCCAGGAUGGGAUGACUCUGAGCAGUUUGAAAGAAGACGGGUACAAAGCAGUUUUCAUUGGAAUCGGUCUACCGCAAGCAAACAAGCACAAGAUCUUUGAAGGUCUUUCUGUGGAGAUGGGUUUUUAUACAUCAAAGGACUUUCUGCCUUUGGUUGCCAAGGCCAGUAAACCAGGCAUGUGUCUUUGCAGCUCCCGUCUGCCUCAACUGCACGGCACGGUGAUCGUUCUCGGUGCGGGUGACACCGCCUUCGACUGCGCCACCUCCGCCUUGCGCUGCGGUGCCAAACGUGUCUUCGUUGUCUUCCGCAAAGGCUUCACAAACAUGCGGGCUGUUCCCGAAGAGUUUGAACUUGCCAAGGAGGAGAAGUGCGAGUUUCUGCCCUUCCUGUCCCCGCGUGCGGUAAUCGCGAAGGCGGGCCGUGUCUCUGCCGUCGAGUUUUGCCGGACUGAAUUGACGGAUGCCGGAGAAUGGGUCGAGGACCAGGACCAGACGGUGCGCCUGAAAGCGGACUACAUCAUCAGCGCUUUUGGCUCUUUGCUCAAUGACCCUAAAGUGAAGGAAGCCAUGGCUCCCAUCAGGUUCAACAGAUGGGGUCUCCCCGACGUGCACCCCGAGACCAUGCGGACGAGCGAGCCCUGGGUGUUUGCCGGCGGUGACGUGGUGGGCCUGGCCAACACCACCGUGGAGUCGGUCAAUGAUGGCAAGCAGGCCUCCUGGCACAUGCACAAGUACAUCCAGGCGUGUUACGGCCAGGCCGUGGAUAGCCAGCCCCGUCUUCCCCUCUUCUACACAGCCAUUGACGCGGUUGACAUCAGUGUGGAGGUAGCCGGAAUCCGGUUCCCCAACCCCUUUGGACUGGCCAGCGCCCCUCCCACAACGAGUGCCGCCAUGAUCCGCAGGGGCUUCCAGCAAGGCUGGGCCUUCGCGCUCACCAAGACCUUCGCCUUGGACAAGGAUUUGGUCAUCAACGUAUCUCCGAGGAUCAUCCGCGGGACCACUUCGGGUGAAGUGUUUGGGCCGGGCCAAGGUUCCUUCCUCAACAUCGAGCUCAUCAGCGAGAAGACGGCUGCGUACUGGUGCCAGAGUGUGGCAGAGCUCAAAGCUGACUUCCCUAAUAAUAUUCUCAUCUCAAGCAUCAUGUGCAGCUACAACAAGGCUGACUGGACACAGCUGGCCAAGAUGGCUGAAGCAUCUGGAGCGGACGCCCUUGAGCUGAACUUGUCUUGCCCUCAUGGAAUGGGGGAGCGUGGUAUGGGUUUGGCCUGUGGAGAGGAUCCAGAGCUGGUGCGGAACAUCUGUCGUUGGGUGCGACAAGCUGUCAAGAUCCCGUUCUUCGCUAAGCUGACCCCAAAUGUCACCAAUAUCGAAGACAUCGCCAUCGCUGCGCACGAAGGUGGUGCAGAUGGCGUUACGGCAACUAACACCGUCUCUGGCCUGAUGGGACUGAAGGCAGACGGCACACCCUGGCCCAGCGUCGGCCGAGACAAGCGCACCACAUAUGGCGGCGUGUCUGGAAACGCCAUCCGGCCCAUUGCCCUGCGCGCCGUGUCCGCCGUCGCCAAGGCCCUGCCCGGGUUCCCCAUCCUGGCCACCGGGGGGAUCGACUCUGCCGAGGCGGGCUUGCAGUUCCUGCACGCUGGCGCCUCCGUCCUGCAGGUGUGCAGUGCAAUCCAGAACCAGGAUUUCACCCUGAUCGAAGACUAUUGCCUGGGCCUCAAGACUCUGCUGUACCUGAAGAGUAUCGAGGAGCUGCGUGACUGGAACGGUCAGUCCCCACCUACCCCGCGUCACCAGAAGGGCAAGCCGGUACCCAUGGUGAGCGAGAUCCUAGCGAAGAAUUUGCCCAACUUUGGUCCUUAUCUUAUGGAGAAAAAUGAGAUCUUGGCAGAUUAUAAACAGAAGCAGAAAGCUAUUAAAGGCAACAUUACGACAGAAUCCAAAGGACCAAGAAUAUAUACCCCAGCAAAACCCAUCCCAGCUGUUCAGGAUGUCAUCGCAGCAGCUCUGAAGUACAUCGGGACGUACGGCGAACUCAGCAACCAGGAGCAGGUGCAGGCCCUGGUGGACCCAGAGAUGUGCAUCAACUGCGGAAAGUGCUACAUGACCUGCAACGACUCUGGAUACCAGGCUAUUACGUUUGACCCUGAGACUCAUCUUCCCGUGGUUGCUGACAGCUGCACCGGCUGCACUCUGUGCCUGAGCGUGUGCCCCAUCAUCGACUGCAUCAAAAUGGUUGCCAGGGCAACCGCGUACGUCCCGAACAGAGGCCUGCCUCAAGCGCUGGGGCCCGUUUGCUAAGGGAGCCGGGCUGCGAUCACCGGAGAGCGGAUCCGGAAUCUAGGCGGCCUCUCUUCUCGUUUCAUUCGGAAGCAGCGUAGCGUAGACGCAAAAAAGAAAAAAUAAUAAUGGCGUGUUACCAAAACAAAGACAGUUAGCUUGUAGAAAUAAUUUUCUAGUCAAUUAUUCAGGCAUAAUUGUGUGGAUAUUGUUGCAUUAUUUCUAAACAAUAGCCAGUGAUGUUGCUUUCUUUUGACAAGGCUGUGAUAAUGAAACUGAAGGCGAGGCUGAAAAUAAUGGAUGUUAAUGCACUGUAGAGCCCAUGGAAGCGGCUGCGCUCGUAUCAAGCGGUCGGAUUACUAGCCGUCCACAAUUUUAAAGCAAUAGAAGGAGGUAUUUUGUCAUGGAGAAAUAAUCACAGAGACAAGAAGUCGUAAUGAACAAAGAUGAAUACGUGCUCACGUACCUUUGAAAUAGUCUGCCUUUGAUUAUCGGUGCGGUUGCUGCUCUCCAAGUACGAGAACCAUUGUUUUAUACCUUCAUGUUUUAUCUCCUCUGCCUUUAGCAAAUAACAGCACAUAUACAGCAUGUUACACAUCAUAUAGUACACAUUAGUACAUUCUGUUUAUCGCCUUGACAUGUAAAGCAAAAAAAAAAAAAAAAAAACUGGUAAACACACAGAAAGUGACUGAUA